AUGCCUAACAAUGUGCAAGCACGACACCGUCUAUCGCUUGACAGCCAGCAGAAAAUGAUGAAGAUUAGGAGGGGUAUUAUAUUAACAUCUGCACAAGUGCCGGAGGAGCCCUCCGACGAGGCAGUCGAUGAGCAAGGUGGCGCUGAGGACAACGAUUCGGAAGAGGAAUAUGAAGAAGAGAAGGGAGAAGAAGGCCCUUUAAUGGAGGAGGAGGAGGACUCUGACGAUGAUCUCGACCCGUUGCCUAAAGGUGACGGAAGGGAGCGGGACGAGCGAGUGCUUGCGGAGGAGGGUUAUGGCAAGUUUUGA